AUGCUGCGGCGCUCCGGGCGACGCGCCUGGACCUGCUCGCAAUGCGUGCGCCUGCAGCAGCGGACAUACGGCUCCUCCUUCGCCGCGACCGCCGCUGACUUCUCGCCCGCCAUCCGCGCCGCGCCCGACGCCGACCACGACGACCGCGUGCUGCGCCGCAUCUUUGACUCGCCGCGCUUCUGGAAGGAGUUCUCCAGCCGCUCCAAGGACCAGCUCCAGGGCGCUUCGGCCGGCCUUUUCCAGAACCGCUAUCUCACCCGCCCGGAAGGCUUCCAGCACUUCGCCGAGGUCACGCUGCAGAAAUGCAUGAAGAUUGUGGACAAGGUGCUGGCGGCCAGCACCGUCGAGGAGUACAGGACCCUCGCCCGGGACCUCGACCGCCUGAGCGACUUGCUCUGCCGUGUCAUUGACCUGUCCGACUUUGUGCGCUCGACCCAUCCCGACCCGAAGAUCCAGGCCGCUGCAACGCAAGCCUACGCCAUCAUGUUCGAGUACAUGAACCGGCUGAACACGACAACGGGACUGAAUGAGCAGCUGAAAAAGGCGGCUUCCAUCCCCGACGUCUGGGACUCGUGGGCCGAGGAGGAGCGGGUUGUGGCUACAAUCUUGAUGAGAGACUUCUCCAAGUCUGCCAUUGACCUGCCAGAGGAGACGAGGCAUCGCUUUGUCGACCUUUCCAACGACAUCACCCACACCGGGAAUGACUUUGUCGACGGCAUGGCCCCGGAAAAGCCGUCGCUCAAGUUCGACAGCAGCAGGCUGAAAGGCUUGGACCCCAACUUGGCAAAGAGCUUGACUAGGUGGGGCAAGAUCACGAUGCCCACCGUCGGCGUGCCUGCGUUGAUGGCCUUGAGGACUGUCGAGGACCCAGAUGUCAGGAGAGAGGUGUACGUGGCGAACCGAACAGCGUCAAAAGCGAACAUCUCGAGGCUGGAGGAGAUGCUGAAGAAGAGAGCGGAGCUCGCAAGGCUCUCUGGCUAUGACACGUUUGGACACAUGGCAUUAAGUGACAAAAUGGCAAGCACCCCGGAAGCUGUGAAUCAGUUCCUGGGGGCUUUGGUCGAGGACAACCACGUCCAAGUCAACAACGAACUUCAGGAGCUCCUGGAAUUCAAGAAGUCUGACGCGAGGAAUGACAACUUCCCCGGUCGUCUGAACGCUUGGGAUCGGGACUACUACGCGCAGCAACUGCUCUCAUCUCUCCGCACUCGCAUUCGGUCCCCCGACUUUCUUUCGUCUUUCUUUUCCCUCGGUACUGUCAUUCAAGGACUCUCUCGACUUUUCACAAGGCUCUAUGGCAUUCGACUAGUCCCUCACGAGACACUGCCUGGGGAGACUUGGAACUCUGAUGUUAGGCGGUUGGAUGUGAUUGAUGAGAACGAGGGACACAUUGCUGUGGUGUACUGUGAUCUUUUCUCCCGUCCCGGCAAGAAUCCGAACCCGGCGCAUUUCACCCUCCGCUGCUCUCGUCUGAUUUCCGGAGAUGAAAUCGUGGAGGCAGCUCAGACUUCUCAUCCCUUUUCCUCGCCCAUUGAUGCCGCCACGGAUGGCAUGGCUUCGGCGGUCAACCGUGACGACAAGACGGGCAACUCUUACUACCAGCUUCCCACGAUCGCGCUGAUCUGCGACUUCGACACUGCUGGGCAGAGCCCGCACAGCGCACGCCCGACGCUCCUCUCGUUCCGCGAAGUGCAGACGCUGUUCCACGAAAUGGGCCACGCGGUGCACUCGAUCUGCGGGCGCACGCAGCUGCAAAACGUCAGCGGCACGCGGUGCGCGACGGACUUCGCGGAGCUGCCGUCGGUGCUGAUGGAGCACUUCGCGGCGGCGCCCGAGGUGCUCGCGCUGUUCGCGCGGCACUUCGAGACGGACGCGCCGCUGCCGUACCGCAUGGUCGAGGAGCGCGUGGCCAUCGACCGGCGCAUGAGCGGCGCCGAGAUCGAGGCCCAGAUCCUGCUCGCCAUGCUCGACCAGGCCUACCACUCGGCCCUGCCGCUCGAGCCCGGCUUCGACAGCACAAAGACGUACCACGACAUCUACAACACGCACCAGACGGUCCCGGAGCCGGCGGGCACGGCGUGGCAGGGCUUCUUCGGCCAUCUUUUCGGGUACGGCGCGACGUACUACUCGUACCUCUUUGACAGGGCGAUUGCCGGCAAGCUCUGGAAGGAGGUCUUCCAGGAGGGGAAGAAGAGCGUCGAUAGAGAGGCGGGUGCGCGGUACAGAGAAGAGGUUCUGCGGUGGGGUGGUGGUAGGGACGGGUGGAGGUGCGUCGCCGGCGUUUUGGGACGGGAGGAGCUGGCCGAGGGUGGUGCAGAGGCCAUGAAAGAGGUGGGUAGAUGGGGUGUUCAUGAUUAG